AUGAAUGAACGAAAUCGUGGAUCAGGGAGUUGGACGCGCGACGACGGGGAGACGCGAUCAGGGGGAAGGCGCGGGGACGGGGGACGCGCGGCGAGUUGGAGGCGCAGCAACGGGGGAGGCCCCUCCCUUCCCCACGCGCUGACCUUGACUUGUCCGGGAGGAGCUGCUUCCUCGGUUGUGAGAGGAGCUGCUUCCUCGGUUGUGAGAGGAGCUGCUUCCUCGGUUGUGAGAGGAGCUGCUUCCUCGGUUGUGAGAGGAGCUGCUUCCUCGGUUGUGAGAGGAGCUGCUUCCUCGGUUGUGAGAGGAGCUGCUUCCUCGGUUGUGAGAGGAGCUGCUUCCUCGGUUGUGAGAGGAGCUGCUUCCUCGGUUGUGAGAGGAGCUGCUUCCUCGGUUGUGAGAGGAGCUGCUUCCUCGGUUGUGAGAGGAGCUGCUUCCUCGGUUGUGAGAGGAGGUGCUUCCUCGGUUGUGAGAGGAGCUGCUUCCUCGGUUGUGAGAGGAGGUGCUUCCUCGGUUGUGAGAGGAGCUGCUUCCUCGGUUGUGAGAGGAGCUGCUUCCUCGGUUGUGAGAGGAGCUGCUUCCUCGGUUGUGAGAGGAGCUGCUUCCUCGGUUGUGAGAGGAGCUGCUUCCUCGGUUAUAAUGGAGGAGGCGCAGCGACGGGGGAGGCGCAGCGACGGGGGGGCGCAGCGACGGGGGAGGCGCAGCGACGGCGUCCUCUCUACCCAUGCACCCCCCCAGAUGAUGGAGGAGGAUGUGGAGUCAGCGAUCAGGGAUGGAGGUGCAUGGGGGCGGAGUGCGGCGUCAGUGCAACUGUAUACGUGGCUUCUUUCUCACCCGUCCUCGUCUGACCGACUGAACCGCCCCAUCCCUCCACCAUCCGUCACCGUCCUUCAGCUCUUGGACUACCUGCGAUCGCGCAUGCUGGCCAUUGUGCCCAACCUGACGGCCCUCAAGGCAAAGCACGACACGCCCAAGAACGGUCUGGUCUUCCACGCCGCGCUCAGCUCAUCGGCCACGCGCCCCCCACGCUCACCCAAGGGCAGGAUCUCCCGCGUGCUCGCGCCCAAGAGCUCCCUCGCUACUCGCUGGACGCCCGGGGUGAUGCCACCGAACCUACCGUGGAGACUCAGGGGCGCGCUAAGGUGGGUGGAAGGGGAGGAGAAGGAACCUAGUGGAAUUGAUGGCAUGCACUCUUCCAGUGCAACUGCUUCUGGCGCUGCCAUCUGCUCCUGGUGCUUCUGGUGCUGCCAUCCUUAUCCUUGGGCUCAACUUCCAUUCGCCCGUCAUCCCUCCUCUGCCCCCACCGUUCGCCCGCUUCUGGUGCUGCCAUCUGCUCCUAUUGAGCAGCGGCUGAGGCAGCUGGAGGGGCGGGUGCUGGGCAGUGCGAGUGCAGCGAGCAAGGGCAAGGCGAAGCUGCGGCUUUAUGACAAGGAUAGGAAGGAGGGCGCUGGCGGCUGGAUCACUCCUGCCAAGUCCCCAACGACAGACACAGCAGCGGCAGGGGAGGAGUCGAGCAAGGGGGCGAAGGAGGAGAAUAAGGAUAAGGGGAACAGGAAGGCCACUCCCUCCGCUGCUGCCUGUGUGGAUGCCGAUGGGCCAGAGCCUCCCUCUACUGAGGUGUGCUCUGGAGCGUUUAUUCAUGGAUCAUGCAAGGCUGCAUUCAGUUUUACGUGCAAGUGCAUCCAUCUGGUGUUAAUCCAUCUGCUGCAUUCAGUUUUACGUGCAAGUGCAUCCAUCUGGUGUUAA